CGACAACCUUUCUUGGGACAGAUGCUCGAGCUGGCUUGUACUGCCCCCCCUCCGCUUUCUCGACCGUGUCCUUUCCGGCUUCUACCAUCAUGACGGGUGCUAUCGCUACGUCGCGCUACAGCCGUGACGACUUUGAGACGGCUUCCAUUCGCUCUGCUGCGCCUUCUUAUGUUUCGGAAGCGCCCUCUUACCACUCGAUCAACCCGUUUCCCGAGGCUGUACCGCCGUAUUCUCCUCCAGUCAGAAAUACAGCCGCACCCCGAACAACGUCUCUCGUUCCUCAUAGCAGCGGAACCUCUACUCCCACCAACCGCCAGCGGACGAUCGGUCUCCCUCCUGUGCCCGCUGCUCCUCUGCGAUCCGUGCCGAACCUGAACAACUUCCGCAUCGCAACAUGGUCCUCGGUCACCAGCAACCCUGCUGCUCGACACUACCAUAAUGUUGCUCAGCGUCGGAUGACUGCUCAGACACGCGAUCCAGUGGACAGCCUUCGUCGAGUCAUGACCGACCUCACCGAGCAAGACCAGCAGCAGGGAAAUACCACCCGGCCUCUGGAAGAUCCGUACUUGGUUGGUGAAGUCGCCGCGGCGAGGGCACGCCAGGAGAGAAUCGCGCGCGAGUCGGGAGACGACAUCCUUUUGCGCGAGGACCGCCAGUGGGACUGGUUCUUAGCUCGAAUGAAGGACUCGGACGAGCGAGAGCGGAACUGGACCAGGUUCCGCCGUGACGUGGAGGUGGGAAGCCGUAAAAAGCUCCUGCGCCGUAUCGGUGGUCGCCGUUUGAUGUGAUUCCGACUUCUCUCUCUCUCUCAUCUUUCCCUUGGCAUCUUUCCUCAUGUUAGGUAUCUUCCCUUCCUUCCACGGGUCUCAUGAUUAUCGUCUUCUUCUCUUCUCGCCGCGCUGGGACGCUGCUGCUGUGUCGGAGUCGACGUUUGCCGGUUGCAUCUGAAACGACAUUGCCGCAUUUUCCUCGGCGUUUGAUCAUCUAGAUUGGGUCCUGGAUGACGCAUGACAUGGGAACACAGGGUUCUCUGGCUUUUGAUUAUGAGCUCCAAAUGACGGCGUAAAUGGGAUCGUCGCAGGCAUUUCCUCUUCUUCUUCCUUGUCACUCAUUCCACACAUAGGGCUCUGAGGCUUUCGAUAGGCUGGAACAAUUAGGUAGCUCAACCAAAUGGACUUUC